AAAACGUUAUUGUGUUCUUUUACGAUGUUAAAUUAAAUGAUCCGAAUUUAUAUUUUAUUGAAAAUUAUUACGGAUCGAUAUACUUUUACAAACUGCUCUAUAAAAUUAUAAUGAAAUAAAGCUUUCAUGAAAAUAAUAUAUUAUCGUAUUUUACUUUUUUUUUUUUUUUUUUUUUUUUUCAUUUCGCGAAUAAAAUACUUAAUGAUUAUAAGAUAAAUUAUUUAUUCAACUUGUUACCGCCAAUUCAAAUUUAAAAGUCGUCUAUAUAUUAUCAAUUGUCACGUGAUCUUGGAUUGAUCGUGUAAUAGACCAAUAAGAAUAUGUCUCCUUUUAAUAUAUAAAUUCGUGCGCAAUCGCGAAGCGUGAAAUAACCUAUAUUAGAAUCACGGAAAAUUAUAAAUUAUUUAAUAAAAGAACAAAAAUAAAAUUAGGUGAAUAAUAUCAGGAUAGAAAAUGCAGGUACGAGAGAACUUAGAGAUUCUAGAGAGUAAGAAAAUGAUGAAGGAUGCACGUGAAGACCAGAUAGAAUUGGAACGGGAAAGGAUUAUGAAAAAAGGCGAUAUCGUACGAUCCAUACGACGUUUAGAUCUAAACCGUUUAGAAAUUGAAGAAAAGGAAAAACUCGUUUCUUCUCAAAAAGCUCAGGAUUUACGAAAUCGACAAAUCGAAAGAUCUUUUAAAUUAGCUCAGGAAUUGGCACGUCUUAAAAAUGAAGAAGCGCGAGAAUUGCGUGAUUUGAAAUGUAAGAAAAAAUUAUUCCGAUCUCCUACGGCUUGUUCUUUCGUUGAUAUACAAUCACGAUUGUUGGAAGAGAAGAUUAAAAAAGAUUCGCAAUCUAUCGAUAUCAUUCGACAAUGGUACUCCGACGAUACAAUGGAUAAAAUGCAAUUGGCAAAAUUGGAAGAAAAUAAACUACUUUAUCGUGCCGAUUUGCAGAAUCAAAUUAUUGAAAAACGUCGUAUAUUGCGAGAAUUUGAUGAGGAGAGGCAACGUGAACGUAAGAUAAUCGAACAAAUGAUCGACGUUAUUCACGAAGAGGAUAUUCGUGCUGAGGAACGUAAGAAAGAAAUUCAAACGUGUUUGCAAGCUGAAAAAGAAGCUAUUUUUGAGGCGAGAAAAGUAUGGAAAGACAUACAAAAGGCUGCGAUUAAUGAGGAAAAUAAAAAAAUUGCUGAGAUCAUUGUUGAGAAAGAAGUUGAACAUAAAAGACAAAUGGAGAAAAAAAAAGACAUUAGUGCAAUGAGAGAAGCGAUGACAGAAAAAAUUGCGAGGAAGAUGUUGGACGAUGAGAUUAAGAUGAAGGAAAAAGAAGCCAUUUGCAAUGAAUUGUAUUUGGAAAAAAAGAAAACCAAGGAAGCUGAAGAAUCUUUAAGAUUAGCUUUGGAAAAGCGAUUACGAGCUAAACAAACCUUGGACGAAAUGGUAGAAUAUAGAAUUGCCGCAACUGAGAAAAAGAUGAAGGAACAAUGUAUGGAAAUAAAUUUUACACGUAAUCUUUACGAGAAACAAUUAAAACUCGACGAGGAAGCUAAACAAAAGCUAGAGGAGAAACGACGAAAGAAUAAUCAAUAUGGUGAAGAUCUGAGGAAAAUUAUAAUAAAUAAUAAAGUUGAAUAUGCAAUGAAAUUAUUGAAGAAACAAAAAGAUAUUCAGGACGAAUGCGCAGAAAAGUCAUAAACUUUAAUUGUAAGAAAAUCUGGAUUAAACGAAGAUCUAUAUUUAUUUUGGGAAUUUAAUAAAAAUAUCCAACGUUUCGCCCAUUAUUUAUUAGUACAUAGGUAUAUAUAUACACGUCGCACGGAAAGGCGUCACCUUUACGGCUUUUGUUAUUUGUACAAAGUCCGUGUAAAAAUACAGCAGCCCAAUCUUAUAUAGAUUAAUAGUAUUCGAUAGAUUAUAAACGAAAGCGGUCUUGCCUCGUUUACUCUUUAUCGUCUUUGUCAUCGUCAUCGUCAUCGUCGUCGUUGUCGUCGUCAUCGUCGUUCGUUCUUCAACGAAAUUGUAUUUAAUCGAAGAAAAUUAUAAUAUUAUUUUAUUUUUAUUUUUUUUUUCUUAGUUAUACGAGUUAUAACGAUUCUAUUAUCAAAAAAACAAAAAAAAAAGGGAUACAAAAAUAAGAGAAUCGAAGAGAAAAGUAAAAAAAAGAGAAAAACGACACGAGGAAGACCGCUCGAACGUUUCGAAUGAUUGAUUCCUAAAAAUUACGAAAGUGUGAUUUUUCAUCGAUUAAUUUCAUUUCUUUCUUUCUUUCUUUCUUUUCUUUUAGUGCCACAAUUAGAGAAAAAAAAUCAAUCAAUUUCUCGAUUAAUAUAAUACACUGUAUACGAAAGUGUUUUUAAUUACGACGAAUUAGAUCGAGAAGACGAAACAAAAAAAAAAUUAAUAAAGAAAUUUCUUCGUCGUUUUAUAAUCAAAAAUUUAUAUCUUUUUUUUUCUUUCUUUCUUUCUUUCUUUUUUUUUUUUUUUUUUUUUUUCGUUUACAGAGGCGUCCUCCACUAAUAACGAUAUGCCACGAGAUAGUAAAUCUACGACGACUGUGUUACUACGUGAAAUUUCAACACAUUUAUAAAGUCUCUGGGCCUAAUUAUUUCUACUAAAUUCACCGAUUAUUACAAUAAUAAUACGCUCGGCCCCCUAUCGGCGUAUCUCUAACAACACACGCAAAAUUCAACGAAUAAAGCGAAUUUAUACGGGGUCACGUUCGUAUUUAUCUUUCACGUGAAAUAUCACGAAACGAUCCAUCACAACUUUGACUUCCCUGUUUUUUAUUUAUUUCUUUUUUUUUUUUUUAUUUUUCUUUUCAAUUUUUCUCAUUCUGUAAGAAAAUUUGAUUCUUCUUACUAAUCCUCUCUUUUCUAUUUUGCCCCAACUCUUACCGCCGCUCUCUUUCAUUCCUCUUUUUAUUUUCUUUUACAAGAACGUCUUUAAGACGAUUUCUUAGUAUAUUCUUAUUCCUAUUAUUAUUAUUAUUAUUAUUAUUAUUAUUAUUAUUAUUAUUAUUAUUAUUAUUAUUAUUAUUAUUUAUUAUUAUUUAUUAUUUAUUAAUGGUCACUUUUUUUGAUCGACGCGCAAGUUAGGCACAACAAGCGGAUCCUUAAAAGUGAACGGGAGUAUGAUACGUUUUUUUUUUUCAUCUUCUCUUCUUCAUUUUUAUUUUUUUUGCGUUACUGGCCCUCCUAUCGGAGAAAUUCCUAACUGUAAAAAACGACUUAGCACGGAUUGGUCUUAAAAGUAAAAUCACAUAUCCUCGCGGAUUAAAUGAGUGCUCCUGUGUAAUUAGUGUAUGUGUGUAUGUUCGUGCAUUUGUGUGUAUGUGUAUGUGCAGCACUGGUCAUGUAAAAGUAAAAUCACAUUUUUUUUCACGCUUUAUGUAUGUAUGCAUGUAUGUACGUAUAUAUGUAUGUACAAAGUAGCCCGCAUCUGUGUCACACUUAACGAGCAAUCUCUCUUUCUCUCUUUCUCUCUCUCUCUCUCUCUCUCUCUCUCUCUCUCUCAUUCUCUCUCACUUUCUUAUUUUUACUUUAGCGAUUACAAUAGGAUAUAUAAGCAUUAUACAGAAUGAUCCAAAAGUUCUUAUGUGACACUAAAAAUCAAUUAUUCCCUUUCAAGAUUAGGAUUGUAGUUAGAUUGAUAGUUCAACAAGCUGUACUUGCAGUUUUACAAUUUGACAAAAAAAAAAAAAAAAAAAAAAAAAAAGAAUUUGUUCUUUAAAGUCUCUCGAAAAAGAGCAAUUGAUUUUUAAUAUCAUCAAAGGAACAUUAGAUCUAUUCUAUAUAUCCUCUCGAUCACUUUAAACGAGACAUUCUCUUAUAAACCCGUAUGCACGUACGUACGUGCGUGCGUGUGUGCAUGUGUGUGUGUGUGUGUGUGUGUGUAUGUAAGUAUGUAUGUCUUCUUUUUUUCUUCCCCUACAUAUGUAUAAAGUAACGAUCGCGCACAAAUUGCGGCACAAUUUAUGUGCUUUUCUCGAAUAACGAAAUCAAAAAAAAAUUAGUUGAAUGAAAUGAAUUACAGUUAAAACGUCAGUAAACUUAA